AAAGGCUGCUUUCUAUUUAUGAAAGGUCAAAACAGCCAAAAUGAGUUUCCAUCCUCAGUUCUAAGACUAAAUUUUUAUCCAUAUCUAUGACCUGGGUUUGCCUUUUUAUCUCCAAAACCUUGUCUUCUAGUUUUUAAAAAGAUACAUACUUUCGAGGUAGUAAAAUUUACUCUGCCAAUUCAAUAAUGAGGCUGGGUUGUAUAAGUGCUUUGUGAUAGAUGAGUUCUUUGUCCUGUGUGUGGAAGGCUGCAUGUGGUUGAUGAAGGGGCAAAACUCAGAGAGACAAAGGUACAAGCUCAACUCCAAACGCCUGGUGUUUAUAUUGAUGGAUCCUUCCGAAAUCCGUGGCUCUAAAGAAGAAUAUAGCAGCAGUGUGUCAGGAUGGACAAUGUAUAUUGGCUCCCCUGUUCAUGAAACAGAUUGUGAUGAGGGUGACGAACAUGAUCAAACUUCUUAUUAUCAAGGAAAUAACUUCAACAAAGAUAAUCUUGGCUGUAAAUACGAUGAUGCCAAUGAUAAUAGCGAUGAUUCCAUGGCUUCAGAUGCCUCUUCUGGCCCAAGUCGUCAAGAACUUUCGUGGGAAAGCGAGAGAAGCCCUUUCGAUAAGCAUGCACCUGGGAAGCUCUCUGCAAAAGAGAAACUUCGUCAUAAAGAGAAGACGAAAAAAGAUGAAAGAAGAAGCAAAGUUGAGAGAGAUGAGUUGGUGCUUAAAGCAAAAGCUGCUUCUACUCAAGCUCGAAGUGAAGGCAAGGUGAGGAAAACAAACUAAAAAAAAAAAAACCGGAAUGAUUUUUCAAAUGUUUUUCAGUUGUGGAAUAUUUGCCAAAACUGUAUGUCAAUAUUUUGAUUGCUUGUAAGUUUUGGGUCUAUUCUAUGUAACAUAUAUGAAUGGACAUGUUUUCAUUUGAUAAUUCUGCAAGAGCCUGUAACAAAUUAAUGUGUCCAAUGAAAUAUUUUUCUUCU